GGUAGUCUCCAAGGGGCGUCAAGGCCAGGUUUUGUCUGUAGUAGCUCAGCCAUGCAGUUGGAUAACGUCAACCCCGGGAACCUCCACUCUUUCCAGGGCCACCGCGGAGUGGCCAACAAGCCCAAUGUCAUCCUCCAGAUAGGCAAGUGCAGGGCUGAGAUGUUAGACCAUGUCAGGAGAACCCACCGGCACCUCCUGACCGAGGUGUCCAAACAGGUGGAGCGGGAGCUGAAGGGCUUGCAGAAAUCGGUGGGGAAGCUCGAGAACAACCUGGAGGACCACGUCCCCUCCGCGGUUGAGAACCAGAGAUGGAAGAAGUCCAUCAAGGCAUGUCUGUCUAGGUGCCAGGAGACCAUAGCUCACUUGGAGAGGUGGGUCAAGAGGGAAAUGAAUGUCUGGAAGGAGGUCUUUUUCCGCCUGGAGAAAUGGGCCGACCGCUUGGAGUCUGGAGGGGGGAAAUACUGCCAUGGGGAGAACACCAGGCAGACGGUCUCUGUCGGGGUUGGAGGCCCAGAGGUCAGGCCUAGCGAAGGAGAGAUUUAUGAUUAUGCCCUAGACAUGAGCCAGAUGUAUGCCCUGACUCCGCCUCCAUCCGUAGAUGUCUCUGUUGUGCCUAACCCCCACGACUCCUACCAGUGGAUCACUGUCCCAGAGGACACCCCACCUUCCCCGGUGGAGACCCAGGUUUUCGAAGACCCAAGAGAGUUCCUGACUCACUUGGAAGAUUAUUUGAAACAGGUCGGGGGGACUGAGGAGUAUUGGCUCUCUCAGAUCCAAAACCACAUGAAUGGCCCCGCCAAGAAAUGGUGGGAGUAUAAACAGGACUCGGUCAAGAACUGGCUGGAGUUCAAGAAAGAGUUCCUGCAAUAUAGCGAGGGCACCUUGACCCGGGAUGCCAUCAAACAAGAGCUAGAUCUGCCCCAGAAAGAAGGAGAGCCACUAGACCAGUUCCUCUGGCGAAAGAGGGACCUGUACCAGACCCUAUAUGUCGAUGCCGACGAGGAGGAAGUCAUCCAGUAUGUUGUAGGCACCCUCCAACCCAAGCUGAAGCGCUUCCUUAGCCACCCUUACCCCAAAACUUUAGAACAGCUGAUCCAGAGAGGCAAGGAAGUGGAGGGCAACUUAGAUAAUUCGGAGGAGCCCAGCCCCCAGAGAACUCCCGAGCGCCAACUUUGUGGCUCGGUAGAAAGCUUGCCUCCAUCAUCUACCGUCAGCCCUGUUGCUAGCGACGGGACCCAGCCCGAAAUUUCUCCUCUUCCGGCCACCGUGAUAUGA